CAUAAUAUCCCACAUCAUUUUUGUUCUAAACGAAUUCCUACAACCAAAAGUGUCGAACUAUAAAUAUAAAAUGCUAUGAUGUAUAUAACUAUGUGCAAUAUUUUUGUCCACAGCAUUUGCUGAUUCAUUGCUGAAAGCUUCAUAUUUUAAUUUGCUGCUUCAAUGUUUCUGUGGAGUGUGCUUCAUGUAACUUACAGCAUUGCUUUGUGUGGUUAUAGUAACACCUACAGUCACCCCAUCAGUUUCCCUAGCUUCCACUCAAGGUACUGCAGAUGACAAAAAUGGACCAGAAAACUCAAGCACAAGCACCUCCGACUCCCCACGCACCUCCUCCACCAUGAACACAACCUCACCCCCACUCACAACCAGCACAGCAACAGGCAAUAACGACACAGGCACACCCGCACGCAACUCCAGCCAUUCAAACAUAACCACAGCUGGAGCAGUAUCAGAGAUGAACAUAACAGGCUUUCCUCCAAGCACCCCCUUGCAUCAACACCAAUCACACACAACUUCGAAUGAACGAGAGAAUUACACGACAGGCUUACCCACAAGGACCCCCUCGCAUCAUCACCCAAAUACAACCGUAACCGUGACUACAGCAGAAAACUCAAGCACAAGCACCUCCGACUCCCCACGCACCUCCUCCACCAUGAACACAACCUCACCCCCACUCACAACCAGCACAGCAACAGGCAAUAACGACACAGGCACACCCGCACGCAACUCCAGCCAUUCAAACAUAACCACAGCUGGAGCAGUAACAGAGAUGAACAUAACAGGCUUUCCUCCAAGCACCCCCUUGCAUCAACACCAAUCACACACUACUUCGAAUGAACGAGAGAAUUACACAGCAGGCUUACCCACAAACACCACCAAGCAUCAACACCAAUCAUACACAACUUUGAAUACAACAGUAGCAGACAAUAACACAACAGCCUUGCUCCCAAACACCACCAAGCAUCAACACUCACGUGCAACCGUAACCAUGACUACAGCAGAAAACAUAAAAGCAAGCAUCUCUGACUCCGCACGCACUUUCUCCAUCAUGAACACAACCUCACCCCCACUCACAACCAGCACAACAACAGAGACAUCCCCCAAGUGCAACUACACCCUCGAAGAAGAAAACGAUACUGUGACAGUGAAAAUUGACAAGAAUGACUCAGCAGUCAAAUACAAGAUUAAAUUCACAGACACAUCAGAUGGAAGCAGUAUAAAAACAUGGCCAGAAGAGUCUUUCCCAAUAUCACUUAAAUCAUUUAAGCCUUGCCAAAAUUACGCUGUCACUCUUACUCCUUCCUGUAACCCCACGACUGGAUUUUUUAAAACAAGAGAAUUAGUUGACUCAGAUGUAAACCACACGUUGAACAUAACUGGGGCAAAAGUACAAGUGUGUUCUGAGACCAAAUGGGAUUUGAAUAAAUGUAUUGAUCUCGAUACCAGUAUCUCCUGCACUGACUAUAGCGUGACUUUUAAAGGAGAUCCCUGCAAGAAAUCUAUCCCUUUCACACUUCCCCCAGUAAAGCCUGUUAUUAAUUAUACAAACGAGUUCCCUACGAAAUUACGUUGGGACAAUCAGCCUUCAAACUGCCUAAAAGACCUCACAUACAACUGCAAUGGUUCAGCAGUUGCAGAUUUUAAAGAUUUGAAACCUAUUCAUAAUCAUAACUGCACUGGGACAUAUGAUUAUGGGAAUGGAACAAUUACAAGUGAUCCCGUCCCAGUUAAGAUUGAUUGUGAUAUAGUGAAUGAGCCCAGUCUCUCUGUAAGUCAUAAUAGCAUUCAUGCAUCCUGGCAAUUGGAUAGCGAGAACUGUCCAUCGAUUACCACAGACUUCACCUGGGAUGUAACGUGUAAAAAUGGUUCCACCAGCUAUUUAAAAGGGCACUGUACCAAGAACUCCUGUGAAUUUUCUAAUUUGAAAAGUUUUACGGUAUAUACUUGUGAGUUUGAAGCGGCUUAUGAAAACAAACCAUUUAAUACCACUACCAAAACUACAAAAACCUGGCCUGGACAACCGUCUUACACAAAAGGUCCAACAACAAAAGUUGAAAGCCAUAAUGCUUUCAAAGUGAGCUGUUCAAUCGACAAUUGGAAUGGUGAUCCGGGAAAGAUCUUCGCAGAGCUCUACAUUAAUGAUCAUCUGGAAGACAAUAAAACAGACUGCAAUGGAAUGAGUUGUGAUUUUCAUUUCACAAACCUCUACUACUCAACACAAUAUACAAUUAAGGUGUAUGCCCAAAAUGGUAAUGGGAACAGAACAGUUAUCCUUGAUGUGGAUCAUUCCAGUAAAUCUGCUGCAGAUCACAAAACUGGACCAGGCUUUGGGGAAUACUACCGGGCCCGGGACCCUCCACAGACAGCCUGGGACGCUCCACAGCAUGCCCAGCAGCCCCAGGACAUAUACACUUAAUCCCUGGGACCACCUGGGCCCUGGGAUAACCGAUUGGAUUUUUAUUAUAUUGGAUUGUUAUUCCUGCAAAACUUAGAAUGUAAACUUUAACCUGGGAUACUCCACAGCUGGCCUGAGAGCAUCCAAAGCCGGCCUGAGAGGCCUCCACACUGGCCCGGAAGCCUCCAUAGCUGGCCGGGGAACAUACACAGCAAGCCAAGCAGCCCCGGGCACACACACACUUAAGCCCUGGGAGCAGUAACUUGUUGAAUUCUGCUGCACAAUGAAAGGAAGAGCAGACAUUGAAGGAUCAAAAAGCAACGUUCCUAUGAACAAUGUAUUUGGGCUCCUUGUAAAGUGGAAAUUCUAAGUUGGACUGCUGAAUGUUGAAAUUGGGAGAAGUCACCACUGCUGGUGCACUUUCACCAAAUUUUCUACAUUAGUAAAAUCACUGUGUUAACCCAAAUAACUCAAAACUCUCUAAUUUUGAAAAGGAUACAAGAGUGCAUUUGGGUUUCUUGUAAAGUGGACAUUCUAAGCUUUACGUUGAUGUGACAUUUGUGCAUUUUUGUCCAGUUUAGCAAGAAUCUGAGAGGGUGCUGCGCAUCUCAUAGAGGCAUUCAGUCCUAAUCCCACAGAUGGUAGCUUCACACCAGUGGCUCCUCAGCCAUGCACACGUACCAAAUGUCUGAACCUGUGGUUCCUCUCAUACUGAACAGGAUCACUAUUGCAACAACACAUCAUCAGCAGGGUAAAACUAACCUGUCUCACGAUGGUCUAAACCUAGCUUACAUUCCCUGUUAGUGGGUGAACAAUCCAACGCUUGGUGAAUUCUGCUUCACAAUGAUAGGAAGCACCUGCAUUACACUUUGACAGGUAUACCACACCAGUCAAACUCCCCACCUGUCACUGUCCCCGGAGCUUGGGAGCCAGAAGCGAGAACCCAUCAGGGUUCACCUCUCCACCUCAUCAGUCCAGUUUUGCAUGCCAUCCUCUUCAACACACCAAAGGACAUCAUCGUGGACAAAGAACUGAAAUAAUUUGAUUGUGGCAUCCAGGCGAAGUCAGCAACAUGGCAGCAGGUACCUCUGCAUGUUUCUGAUUUGAGGUUACUGUCCUCAACAACCUGUGCAGUAUUUACAUUUACAUUUUAUGUUAUAGUUUGUUGUUCUGCUCAUCCCUGAUGUUUUAUUUUUUUGUUUUUGUAAAUAUAAUGGUCAUGCUUUAAAACUAAUCAGUGACUAUGAUGUCUUCUUCAUUGAUUUGAACGUCCCUAAACACAUCAUUAGUUCAUAUCAAAGUAAUCAAUAACCCAGGUAUUACGACAUGAUUAUCCAUGUACUUUUGUACAUGAAUUACCCCAAUACUCAAACUCUGGUGAUAUGAGAUGCAGCCAAAUAUCAAUUGAGGAUGAUUUUAUUGUCCUUGUAUCAAAAUUAAGGUUUGAACUGACCCAUAUUAGGAGCAGUUACAAAGCACUUUGAGGUCAUAGCAAGACUUCACAGAGUGGCAGAUGAUUCUUCUACUCUGUGGCAGAGUCACAUAAGGUCUUACAAAAAAGGUGAGACUUUCUUGCAUGUUUUGCACAAAAAAUGCUAUUAAGUAUGAGUUUAAAAAAAUUUAUUUGCUUCAACAUUAUUCAAAUGACUGUAUUAAGACUAUCAACCCUAAACUCUCCAACUUUGAAAAUGAUACAUCAACUUGUUCCAAUUUCCCCUCUGCCAACACUGUUUUCAAAUUUAGUAACAUAGCAGCAGGGAAAGUUCCAAAGUCCAUUGUUCAGUUUGACCAAGGUGUAAAGGCUCAUUAGUAUCUGUAUAGGUUGAAUGCAGGCCCAUAGGUCACUUGCGUAUGUCAUCCUCCAAAACUGCUGCUUCUUAAUUCAGUCCAGUUUUUUUUUUCAGUGUUUAACCAUGAAAUCGUAUCCAUCUUUCUGUUUCUGCAUGCUUCUUAUUUGAGGUUACUGGUCUCACCAACCUGUGCAGUGUUUACAUUGUUAUAGUUUGUUGUUCUGCGCAUUCCUGGUCCUUUUUAUUUUUGGCAAAUAAAAUGAUCAUGUUCUAAAACUCA